CACUAUAUACAGACAUUCGCGCAGAUCCCCCUUUCGGAAACAUUGCUCUGAGUGUCCUCCCGUUUAAACGCAUUCAAUUUUUUGGUCCCUCUCCUCUCCUCUCCUCUCCUCUCCUCUCCUCUUCUCUCCCCUCCUCUCCUCUCUUUUCCUCUCCUCUUCUCUCCUCUCUCCUCACCUCUCUUCUCUUUCGCCCCUCUCCCUCCUCUCUUUUCUCUCACCCACCUCCUAUUGCCCUAUCUCUCCCCUUUCUUUUUCUUACAUAUCCUACUAGUUGUCGCCCUUCCUCUUUCUCUCCCUCCUCCUUUUCUCUUUCACUCCUUUCCUGUAGAAGAGAGAAGACUAAACUUAAAAAAAAAAGGAGGAGGAGGCACCCCCUCGGUAUUCUUCUUAUCGUUAUUUUAUAUAUAUAUAUAUGAUUUUUUUUGGAGGGAGGGUGUUGGUUCCCGGCUGAAGAGCACUUAUUUAAAAUACUAAAAAAAGCACAUUUUUGGGCGCUCUCCAGGGUUUUUAACUAGCUCUGUGUGUUAUAGCAGAAGAAGCAGAAGAAGCAAGAAAGAGGAAAAGAAGAGGAUUAUUUAUUCGACCUACUUUGGAUGUCUCUCUCGCUUUCUCUUUUUCCUUUUUUUCUCAAGAAUUUUCUUCUGAUUUUUAUUUUUUCCUAUUUCGCUGUGAAUUCGUCGCUGGCGUGAAUUAUCUCGUAUUUUUCUCCCCCUUCCGUCACCUCCCGAAAGAAGAAGGCAGAGAGAACCCGGCGCCACCCGCACAACAAAAAGAGCAAAGUGUGUGAUCUUCCUCGCCGGCUGCCUCCCGCUCUCCAGCUCUGCCUUCCUGAAUGGCUGGCUGCGUCCGGCCCUGGACCUGGCCCCCCGACACCCGAGCGCCCUGAUCGUCGCCAGCAGCUUCGCCCCGCAUCCUGAUCGACUCUCCCAGCUCCCCACACUCUUGAAUCCGGGCGAGGGCUCCCGCCGGGACAGCAGCGGCGACGCGGGCAGCCUCGGCCUCGGUUCUCGCUCGGGCUGCGGCCCCGACUCCGGCUCGGACUCCCGCCCGGGCCCCGGCUCUUCCAGCGGCGCUCGCAGCGGCGGCCGAGGCUGCUCCUCCAGCGGCGCCUGCAGCCGCGACCUCCUCCUCCGCCGCCGCCGCCGCCCUCGCCGCUUCCUCUAUGUCGGCUCAGCCCGCGCGCUGCGCGUAGCCCCAGCGGCCGGCGGUCGGGCGGGCGGGCGGGCGGGCGGGCGGGCGCCCGGCGCGGGUGAGCGAGUGUGUGUGCGAGUGUGUGUGCGCGGGGGUGCGGGCGAGGCGGAGGGCGAGUGUGUGCGCGCGCCGUGGCCCAUGCCCGCCGCCCCCGGCGCUGCGCCCCGCGCCGCUCCCGGCUGCCGCCUGUGCCAUUUCUGAUUUUGCAACUUGGGGAAGAAGAAAAAAGCGAGAGAAGGGAGCUCGCUCGCCGGGGGGUGGGGAGGGGGGAGAGAGAGCGCGGCCCCCCCAGGAACGGAGCGCGGGGGGAGCGGGCGAGGGGAACAGGGGUGUUGGGGGGGGAGCCUGAGAGCCUGGGGGGGCUGCAAAAAGAGAGAAAGAAAACAGCAGGAACCACAACAAAACGCCAGCAGGGCGGGCGGGCGCGCAGCAGCAGCGGGGCGGCCGAGGCAGUAACGGCGGCGGCGGCGGCGGCGGCGCAGGCAGAGGCCGGUGCCCGGCUCGGGCUCGGCUCCGGCGACCCCGGGGCGCCCGGUGGGCCCCCCGCCCCCUCCCCCUCCCCCCUUCCCCUUCCCCUUCCCCUCCCAGCGCGCCCGCGCGCCCCGCGGCCCUCGGCGAGCAGCUCGGCUCCCCCCAGCGCUCCCCGGGCCCAAAGAUAUGGCAAUGGUAGUUAGCAGCUGGCGAGAUCCGCAGGACGACGUGGCCGGGGGCAACCCCGGCGGUCCCAACCCCGCAGCGCAGGCAGCCCGCGGCGGCGGCGGCGGCGAGCAGCAGCAGGCGGGCUCCGGCGCGCCGCACACGCCGCAGACCCCGGGCCAGCCCGGAGCGCCCGCCACCCCCGGCACGGCGGGGGACAAGGGCCAGGGCCCGCCCGGUUCGGGCCAGAGCCAGCAGCACAUCGAGUGCGUGGUGUGCGGGGACAAGUCGAGCGGCAAGCACUACGGCCAAUUCACCUGCGAAGGCUGCAAAAGUUUCUUCAAGAGGAGCGUCCGCAGGAACUUAACUUACACAUGCCGUGCCAACAGGAACUGUCCCAUCGACCAGCACCACCGCAACCAGUGCCAAUACUGCCGCCUCAAGAAGUGUCUCAAAGUGGGCAUGAGGCGGGAAGCGGUUCAGCGAGGAAGAAUGCCUCCAACCCAGCCCAAUCCAGGCCAGUACGCACUCACAAACGGGGAUCCCCUCAAUGGCCACUGCUACCUGUCUGGCUACAUCUCGCUGCUGCUGCGUGCAGAACCCUACCCCACGUCGCGUUAUGGCAGCCAGUGCAUGCAGCCCAACAACAUCAUGGGCAUCGAGAACAUCUGCGAGCUGGCCGCCCGCCUCCUCUUCAGCGCCGUCGAGUGGGCCCGCAACAUCCCGUUCUUCCCGGAUCUGCAGAUCACCGACCAGGUGUCUCUGCUACGCCUCACCUGGAGCGAGCUGUUCGUGCUCAACGCGGCCCAGUGCUCCAUGCCCCUGCACGUUGCGCCGCUGCUGGCCGCAGCCGGCCUGCACGCCUCGCCCAUGUCUGCGGACCGCGUCGUGGCCUUCAUGGACCACAUCCGCAUCUUUCAGGAACAGGUGGAGAAGCUCAAGGCGCUGCACGUCGACUCUGCGGAGUACAGCUGCCUCAAAGCCAUCGUGCUGUUCACGUCAGAUGCUUGUGGCCUGUCGGAUGCUGCCCACAUCGAAAGCCUGCAGGAGAAAUCGCAGUGUGCACUGGAGGAGUAUGUGAGGAGCCAGUACCCCAACCAGCCCAGCCGCUUUGGCAAACUGCUGCUGCGAUUACCCUCUCUUCGCACAGUGUCCUCCUCUGUCAUCGAACAGCUCUUCUUCGUCCGUUUGGUAGGUAAAACCCCCAUCGAAACUCUCAUUCGAGAUAUGUUGCUGUCAGGGAGCAGUUUCAACUGGCCUUACAUGUCCAUCCAAUGCUCCUAGACCUUGGGUGUUUCCCACCUGCCCCUGCCCCUGACUCCCUAGAGACUAAGAGGACUCUCCCUGACCAAGGACUCAAAAGCCUUUGGGGAUGCUGGUAUGAUGACCAAGCAGGCCAGGCAGAGGGGAGGAGGGCUGGGGACAGAAGCAGCCCACUCUGCAGGAAUGCAACCUGAGCUGCAAACCAGGAGAAAAAGAGACUCAUUUAGGAUCUGAUCUGUAAGUACAUUGGAAAGGAAAGAAAAAAGAAUCUCGUGUCUGGUGAGAAAAUGAAAAAAAAAAGAUUUGGAAGAGAGGACCAUGAGAAAUUUAAUAAAAUAGAAGGACUCCGAUGGAGACCUCCAGGAUUUAUUGUGGAUGGAUGUGGAUAUAUUCUGUACAGAAAACUACUCAUAUGGAAGUGGACUGAAUCCUAUGUAGAAACACAUACUGAACAUUGUUAUUCAUUUUGUAAAAUACUAGUCUUUAUUUUCAUUUUUUGUAAAAUUUAAACAUCGUAUGCGCAUAAACAAAAAAAUGAACAAGAAUUAGGGGAAAUAACAUUUUCCAAAUAAUUAUAAAAAAAAUUGUCCUGUGUCUAUGUAUCUAUAUCUGUUUUGUAUUUUUUUCUGGUUCCAAACCAGAUUUCCUGUGAUUCUAUACUAAUAAUUUUUGAUAUAACCCUUUGCUUCUUAUAAUGAGUGCGAUAUAUGUUGUUGAGGCUGUUCUUCAAGAAUUAAAAUUGAAGUGAAAAUUUAAACAAAAAUAAAAGAAUUUAGCAAAA